GAACCAAAAUGGAAGCUCGUCUGGUCGGAUGAAUUUACCAAUGGAAUCAGUUCAGAUUGGGAAUUCGAAACGGGCAAUGGCCCCAACGGUUGGGGCAAUAACGAACUGCAAUAUUAUCGUCGUGAAAAUACCCGAGUUGAGGGCGGGAAAUUAAUAAUUACAGCUAAAGAAGAAGAUUAUGAGGGUUUCAGGUACACUUCUGCCAAGCUGAAAACCCAGUUCAAUAAACCUUGGAAAGAUGGUAAAAUUGAAGCCAGAAUGUCGAUUCCAUCAUUUCGGGGGGUCUGGGUGGCGUUCUGGAUGUUAGGAGACAUCACCGAUACUGAUAGCUGGCCCUCUUCCGGUGAAAUUGACUUUAAGGAACAUAUAAAUACCAACAAUGAAGUUAGAGGAACUAUUCACUGGUCUACUUCUGAUGGUGCUCAUACGCAUCAUGGCAGAGGAACCAAUACUGACUAUCACAUUUAUUCUGUAGAGUGGAAUUCUUCCGUUAUUAGAUGGUUUGUUGAUGGAAAUCAGUACUUUGAGGUGAAUAUUCAGAGAGGAGCAACUGGAACAAACGCAUUUCAUAAUAACGUUUUCGUUAUUUUAAACAUGGCUAUUGGUGGAAACUGGCCAGGAUUCAAUGUUGCUGAUGAGGCUUUCCCUGCUAACAUGUAUGUAGAUUAUGUCCGUGUAUAUCAGGAUGCCAAUACACCUUCUCCUGUUGACGUUACUCAUUUAUCUGGUUACUAUUUUCUUCAAAAUAGGCACAGUGAACUGUAUCUUGAUGUCAGUGGUUCCAGUAACGAAGAUGGAGCAUUUCUACAACAAUGGCCUUAUAGCGGUAAUGCUAACCAACAGUUUGAUUUUGUACAUCUCGGAAAUAAGGUUUAUAAAAUUAUCAAUAAAAAUAGUGGAAAAUCUCUGGAUGUUUACGAGUUAGGGACUGAUAAUGGUGUCAGAAUCCAACAGUGGUCGUAUGGAGGGGGCUACAAUCAGCAGUUUAUUGUACAAGAUGUUGGAGAUGGUUAUUAUAAGAUAUUUGCACGCAGCACUGGAAAGUUAGUGGAAGUAGCAGAUUUGAAUAAAGACCCAGGAGGAAAGAUACAACAAUGGUCUGAUGAUGGCCAAUUAUCCGGACAGUGGAAACUUAUUCGAAAUAAAGCUAAUUCUAAAUUGAUUCAGGCAGAAAGUUAUUUUGCUAGUUCAAAAGUACAAUUGGAAGAUACCUCGGAUGUAGGAGGCGGGAAGAAUGUCAAGUGUGAUACUGAAGGAGCCUGGAUGGCUUACAAGGAUAUCAAUUUCCCAAGUUCAGGUAGUUAUCAAAUAGAGUACAGAGUGGCAAGUGAACGUGCAGGAGGAAAGUUGUCUCUGGAUUUGAAUGCAGGUUCUAUAGUGCUUGGAAUGCUGAAUGUUCCUUCAAC